AUGAUCAUAAAUGCACAGCUAAUGAUCUUUGCCAACAUGCAGGGGGUGUCCUUUAUCAUCCUUGUUGCCCUGUACCAUUAUGUUGCUGUUAAUAACCUCAAGAAGCUGGAAUAA